UCGCGGGAGGGGGCAGGGUUGGAGUCGGGUCACUGUGUCCAGGGUGGAGGUCGGGGGGUCGUGGGAUCGGUUAGCUAGAGUAGGGGGCACCCAGGUGGGAAAGCGGAGUCUGAUAGGCAUCCCCGGGGCUGAACAAGGCCAGGCCUCGGCCGGGGAGGUUCCUGGGGGGUGGGAACCGGUGUCGGGGUCACUGUAGCGGGCUCUGACCUGGUCACGCGCCCCGCCUGGCCUGAUGCGUCACAGUCGGCGGCUCCUUGGCUACCGGCUCUUUGUCCCCGCGCUGUGCUUGGGACGCACAGACGGGCGGGCAUGGGCCGCGCGGCCGCCCGCAAGCGGGGACGCUGCAGACAGCGCGGCCGGUCCCCGGGAGGCCGGCGACGGCGUGAACCUGGACGCCAAAGUCCUAGGAAGCGCCCAGGCCCUCGGAGGAGAAAAGCUCGCGCGCGCCGCCGCAAGAGGGCGCGCCCUCGCCGGAUGGAGCCCAUUCCCGAGCCUUUCAACCCGCGGCCUCUGCUGCAGGACCUUCCCCAGACCAGCAACAGCCACGAGUUCCUGGGCUUGUGUGCAUCCCGCGAUGAUUGGCGCUGUGCGCGCUCCAUGCACGAAUUCGCAGCCAAGGACAUCGAUGGGCACAUGGUUUGCCUGGAUAAGUACAGGGGUUGCGUGUGCAUCGUCACCAACGUGGCCUCGCAAUGAGGCAAAACCGACGUAAACUACACUCAGCUAGUCGAUCUGCAUGCCCGAUACGCCGAGUGUGGUUUACGAAUCCUGGCCUUCCCUUGCAACCAGUUCGGGAGGCAGGAGCCAGGAAGUAAUCAAGAAAUCAAGGAGUUUGCAGCCGGCUACAAUGUCAGGUUUGACAUGUACAGCAAGAUCUGUGUAAAUGGGGACGAUGCCCACCCACUGUGGAAAUGGAUGAAAGUCCAGCCCAAGGGCAGGGGCAUGCUGGGAAAUGCCAUCAAAUGGAACUUUACCAAGUUUCUCAUUGAUAAGAACGGCUGCGUGGUGAAGCGCUAUGGUCCCAUGGAGGAGCCCCAGGUGAUAGAGAAGGACCUGCCGUGCUAUCUCUAGCCCUACAAGUGUGUGCCCCUGCACCGAGCCCCCCUGCCCUGUGACCCCUGGAGCCUUCCACCCCGGCACUCAUGACGGUCUGCCUAAAAACCAGCCCGCUGGUGGGGCAGUCCCGAGGACCUGGCGUGCAUCCCCGCCGGAGGAAGGUCCAGAGGCCUGUGGCCCCGGGCUCGAGCUUCACCUUGGCUGCCUUGUGGGAAUAAAAUGUAGAAAUGUGC